AUGUCGACCCUCGCACGCGAGAACAAAUUAGCCCGAAUUCGAGACAACCAGAGGAGAUCGCGCGCCCGACGGAGAGAGUAUGUCCAGGACCUCAAACGGCGACUCAGAGAAUACGAGACUCGGGGCAUCGAGGCCUCUACUGAGGUCUCGAUGGCCGCGAGAAGAGUAGCCGAAGAGAACAAGCAGCUCCAGGAGCUCCUCAACAGGCAUGGCAUUAGUGACGACCACAUAGCCCGUUUCUUGCAGUCCGGCACCUUGCCACUUGAUUCCAACCAAGGUCAACCCUUUCACGCCGACGACCCUAGUGCCGCUGUCCAGUCGCUGCAACGGCUCCUCAUUCCGCGACAACUGGUCAGUCUAGAUGAAGACUUCUCCCUAUAUUUGUCGAGACAGUCGAUUCGGGACCCCUCCACCACCGGGGGGUCGACGACAGGUUCGUCCGUCUGGGAGCCGUCGCAGCUCGUGACAUCCUCGUACGACUAUCAACAUCAUGUGGGCGUGGCUACCGCAGGUAAGUCUAGCAAGGACAAGUCCAGCAAAGACAAGUCCAGCAAGGACAAGCCUAGCAAGGACAAGUCCCGCAAAGACGGGUCCAGCAAGGACAAGACCGGCAAAAGUGCUAGGGAUCCUGAGCAGGAAUCUAUCCUCAAUCUGUGGUGUGCUAUUUACAAUCCCGAGUUCGGCAACUACUACCACUGGGGUUUUGCUGUCUCCGACGCGACAGGCUCGGACUGGCAUAUAUUCGAGGUUACUCAAGAAGUAGAGGACGGGGCAUUUACAGCAGUGCACCGACGAAGAAAUCCAACUAGCUCAUUGAGGUGUCGUCGACCACUUACCUUCUUAGGGCAAAUGCAUCAAGGUUGGUGGACACACAUGGUACAAGGAAUCAGACAAAUGCCCAUCGGCGAAGCUCCAGCCUGGAACUGUCAGGACUAUGUGAUGGAAAUUUGGAAUAUGCUACAAGCACACCAGAUGAUCAGCGACCAGACAUGGAAUGAAGGGAGACAAAUGAUGAUCCCUUACUUCGGUCCGGACUUUGGUGGUAGUAGGGAUGAUGAGGAAGAUGACUAUGAAGACGAUGACUAUGGGGAAGGAGGUCAGCGAGUUGUGUCUGAGGAGUUUGUCUACGAUUCCGAUGCGUAG